AGACAGGGACCGGGACGGCAGCGCCGGUGCCUCGGCGCAUCCUCAGGACCCGGCGAUCGGUCCGGGCGGGGAGGCGCGGCCAGCGACAUGGACGUGUACGGCACCGCGGCCGCCGCGCUCGACAGGCUGGUGACCCGCCGCCUGCAGCCGCCGCCCGAGUUCGUGGGAGCUGCGCGGCGCGCGCUGGGCGCCCUGGACGCCGCCCUCAGGGAGCGCGGGGGCCGCCGAGGGGGCGCUGGGCCGGGGCUGCAGGUGCUGAAGACCGUCAAGGAAGGCUCCUUUGGCCGGGGCACAGCUCUCAGGGGUGGCUGCGACUCUGAACUUGUCAUCUUCUUUGGCUGCUUCGAAAGCUAUGAGGACCAGAGGGGCCGUCGUGCGGAGAUCCUCAAGGAGAUGCAGGGGCUGCUGGACGCCUGGUGUCGAGACCGCAUCCUUGGCCUGCGCCUCCAGUUUCCUGAGCAGAACACGCCCGGGGUCCUGUGGUUCCAGCUGGUAUCGGAAGACCUUGAAAACUGGAUGGAUGUCAAACUGGUGCCUGCCUUUGACGCCUUGGGGACGCUGAGUCCUGGAAUCAAACCCAAACCUGAGGUCUACGCAACCCUCCUCAACAGCGGCUGCCAGGGGGGUGAGCACGCGGCCUGCUUUGCUGAGCUGCGGAGGAACUUUGUGAACACUCGCCCAGUCAAACUCAAGAACCUGAUCCUGCUUGUGAAGCACUGGUUCCGCCAGGCGUUCCAGGAGGAGGCGCAGAGCAGGCCGCUGCCCCCGGUCUACGCCCUGGAGCUGCUGACCAUCUUCGCCUGGGAGCGGGGCUGUGGGAAGGACGCCUUCAGCCUGGCCCAAGGGUUCCGGUCUGUCCUGGGCCUGAUCCAACAGUACCAGGGCCUGCGUGUUUUCUGGACCGUCAACUACAGCCUGGAGGACCCUACAGUCGGGGAUUUCUUGCGGAGGCAGCUGGAGAGACCCAGGCCUGUGAUACUGGACCCUGCUGACCCCACAUGGGACGUGGGCAGUGGCACAGCCUGGCACUGGGAUGUGCUGGCCCAGGAGGCCCGGACGUGCUGUCACCACCCGUGCUUUCUGGAGGCAGCUGGGAGCCCGGUGCAGCCCUGGGAGGGGCUGGGCCUCCCACGUGCUGAGUGCUCUGAUUUGGGCCACUGUGUCCUGCGAGACUCUGACCAGGAGACCCCUGAGGACAGCAGGAGCCUGGACGACACUGAGUGUCACUGGGCAGGGGACAGUCGGACUGUGAGUCCAGCCCCGGAGCCCGCCGCAGCCGCCAGCACCGCCCCAUCAGCCCUGGGCGCAGCCUCGGCCUCCGCCCUGGCCCAGGUCCCCGCCAGGGAGCUGGACCGCUUCAUCCAGGACCAUCUGCAGCCCAACCCACGGCUCCAGGAGCAGGCGAAGAGGGCCAUCGAGGUCCUCCAGCGCUGCCUCCACAAGAACUGCACCUACAGGCCCUCGAGGGUCAUCAAGGGUGGCUCCUUCGGCAGGGGCACGAACCUCCGGGGUGGCUGCGAUGCUGAGCUCAUCCUCUUCCUCAACUGCUUCACGAACUUCGAGGACCAGGAGCGCCACCGAGGGGAGAUCAUCAAGGAGAUUCGGACACAGCUGGCAUCAGGGUGGCAGGACCCAGUCCCUGGGCUGCGCCUUACGUUUCCUGAGCAGAACACACCUGGCGCUCUGCAGGUCCAGCUGGUGUCUGCCGCCCCAGAGACUUGGGUGAAUGUCAGCCUGCUGCCUGCCUUUGAUGCCGUGGGGCAGCUCGGAGCGGACACCAAACCUCAGCCCCAGGUGUACACGGCCCUGUUCAACAGCGGCGGCCACGACGGCAAGCAUGCGGCCUGCUUCGCAGAGCUGCGCAGGAACUUCGUGAACACUCGACCCGCCAAGCUCAAGAACCUCAUCCUACUGGUGAAACACUGGUACCAUCACGUGGCAGCUCAAAAUCAAGAGCAGCCAGGCCCCUCUCUGCCCCCAGCCUAUGCCCUGGAGCUCCUGACCAUCUUUGCCUGGGAGCAGGGCUGUAAGAACCACAGUUUCAACAUGGCCCAAGGCCUGCGGACUGUUCUGGGGCUGGUCCAGCAGUACCAGGACCUUUGUGUCUACUGGACGGACAACUAUGGCACUGAGGACCCAGCCCUGAGAACACACCUUCUUGGCCAGCUUCGGAAACCCAGGCCUCUAAUCCUGGAUCCUGCUGACCCCACCUGGAACGUGGGCCAAGGCAGCUGGGAGCUGUUGGCCCAGAAUGCAGUGGCCCUCGAGACCCAGGCCUGCUGUAUGAGUGGGGACAGAACCCCUGUGUCACCCUGGGAUGUGCUGCCAGCUCUCCUCCACCAAACCCCAGCCAGGGACCUGGACAAGUUCAUCAGCCGGUUUCUCCAGCCCAACCGCCACUUCCUGGCUCAGGUGAACAAGGCUGUCAACACCAUCUGCUCCUUCCUGAGGGAAAACUGCUUCCGGAAUUCUCCCAUCAAAGUGCUCAAGGUGGUCAAAGGUGGCUCUUCAGCCAAAGGCACGGCUCUGCGAGGCCGCUCGGACGCUGACAUCGUGGUGUUCCUCAGCUGCUUCACCCAGUUCACUGAGCAGGGGAAUAAGCGGGCGGAGAUCAUCUCCGAGAUCCGGGCCCAGCUGGAGGCCUGUCAGCAGGAGCAGCAGUUUGAAGUCAAGUUUGAAAUUUCCAAGUGGGAGAACCCCCGGGUGCUGAGCUUCUCCUUGACAUCCCAGACGAUGCUGGACCACAGUGUGGACUUUGACGUGCUGCCAGCCUUUGAUGCGCUAGGCCAGCUGGGUGCGGGCUCCAGGCCCCCCCACGCACAGGUCUACAGGGACCUCAUCCGCAGCUACCACUGCGCCGGCGAGUUCUCCACCUGCUUCACGGAGCUGCAGCGCGACUUCAUCGUCUCCCGCCCCACCAAGCUCAAAAGCCUGAUCCGGCUGGUGAAGUACUGGUACCGGCAGGUCCAGGGCCACAAGAUGCCCAAGGGGAAGGGCUCCCUGCCCCCCCAGCACGGGCUGGAGCUCCUGACCGUGUACGCCUGGGAGCAGGGCGGCCAGGACCCCCAGUUCGGGAUGGCUGAGGGCUUCCGCACGGUCCUGGAGCUCAUCACGCAGUACCGCCAGCUCCGCGUCUACUGGACUGUCAACUACAGCGCCGAGGACGAAACCAUCAGGGACUUCCUGAGACAGCAGCUUCAGAAGCCCAGACCCAUCAUCCUGGACCCGGCUGAUCCGACGGGCAACCUGGGCCACAGCGCCCGCUGGGACCUGCUGGCCAAGGAAGCCGAGGACUCCAUGUCUGCACUGUGCUGCACGGACAGGGACGGCACUGCCAUCCGGCCGUGGCCAGUGAGGCUGGCGGCUGGUUCCGGCGCAGAGGCGGCCGGACAGGCUCGGCUGAGUUUCGGUCCUCGGGCGGCCGCGGGGGCGGAGCUGCGCGGGCUUCGCUUUCCUUUUCCCCCGGCGCAAAGCGGUGCGGUGCGCGGGGCGCAGGGCCGCGGUCAGCAGGGCGCCAUGGGCAACUGGGAGUCGCAGGUGUCCUCGGUGCCCGCCCCGCAGCUGGGCGAGUUCGUCCAGAGCCACCUGAAGCCCUCCGAACCCUGUCGGAAGCAGAUCGAGCUGACGGUGGAGACCAUCUGCGCCGCCCUGAAGGAAAUCCAGCCCUUCCCCGUGGUGCAGAGCGUGGCCAUGGGUGGCUCCUAUAGCCGGGAAACGAUCUUGAGAAACCAUUCAGAUGGUACCUUCGUCCUCUUCCUCGACCACUUGGCAAAAUUCCAGGACCAGAAGAAAAUCCAACAGGAAAUCCUCGACAUCAUCGGGCAACAGCUCAAGACCCGUCUGCUCGCCCUCGGGCUGACAGAUGGGUAUCAGAUCCUGAGACUCGGAGGGGAGCUUAACAUCGAGGUGUCCACCAGGUGGCAGACGGUCUCCUUUAAGGUGCUGCCUGCCUUCAAUGCUCUGGGCUUCAGUGAGAAUCCCAGCCCCUGGAUCUACAGAGAUCUCAAAAGAGCCAUGGAUGAGACCUCUGCCUACCCUGGAGAAUUCUCGGUCUGCUUCGAAGAGCUCCGGAAGAAGUUUUUCAGCAAGUAUCCCAGAAAACUGAAGGACUUGAUUCUCCUGAUAAAGUACUGGUACCAACAGUGCCAGAAAAAAUGGGGGAUUUCCUCCUUGUUCUCGGGGUAUGCCCUGGAGCUCCUCACGGUGUACGCCUGGGAGCAGGGGUGCGGAGCCGAGGACUUCGACAUGGCCCAGGGCGUCCGCACUGUCUUGGGGCUGAUCGAGCAGAAGGACCUCCUGUGCGUCUACUGGACAGUCAACUACGACUUUGAGGACGAGACCGUCAGGAAUGUCCUCCUGCAGCAGCUCCGAUCUCAGAGGCCGGUCAUCCUGGACCCCGCCGACCCCACCAACAACGUGAGCAGACAGGGUAUAUCCUGGCCGCGUCUGAAGGAAGAAGCCGGGCUCUGGCUCUCUUCUCUCAAGCAGAGCGGCGAGGCGCCGAGGCUCUCCUGGAAUGUUCUGCCAGCACCACUCUUCAUGACCCCCGGCCACCUUCUGGACAAGUUCAUCAAGGACUUUCUCCAGCCCAACAAAGACUUCCUGGAUCAGCUCCACAGAGCCGUGGACGACAUCUGCACAUUCCUUAAAGAAGAUUGCUUCCGACACUCGACCACCAAGGUCCAGAAGGUCAUCAAGGGAGGGUCAGCCGCCAAAGGCACGACCCUGAAGACCGGUUCUGACGCCGACCUGGUGGUGUUCCCCAGCACACUUCAGAGCUACACCUCCCAGAGAAACGAGCGGGGCAGGGUUGUCCAAGAGAUCCGCAGGCAGCUGGAAGUCUGGCAGCAGAAGACGCAGUUCGAAGUGACGUUCGAGAUGUCCAAGUGGAAGGCCCCCAGGGUGCUGAGCUUCUCUCUGAAAUCCAAAAAUGUCAACGAAAGCGUUGACUUUGACGUGCUGCCCGCCUUUAACGCACUAGGUCAACUGCAUUCCGGCUCCACACCCAGACCCCAGGUCUACGCUGGACUCAUCGAUCUGUACAAAUCCUCUGACCUCCAGGGGGGAGAGUUUUCUACCUGUUUUACCGAACUGCAGCGCAAUUUCAUCCUCUCCCGGCCCGCCAAGCUGAAGAACUUGAUCCGCCUGAUGAAGCACUGGUACAAACAGUGUGAAAGAAAACUGAAAUCCAAGGGGUCUCUGCCCCCGAAGUACGCCCUGGAGCUGCUCACCGUCUACGCCUGGGAGCAGGGCAGCGGGUCGGAGAGUUUUGACACCGCUGAAGGCUUCCGGACAGUCCUGGAUCUGGUCACAAAGUACCAGCAGCUCUGCAUCUUUUGGAAUGUCAACUACAACUUCGAGGACGAGACGAUGCGCACAUUCCUUCUGACCCAGAUCCAGAAAACCAGGCCUGUGAUCUUGGACCCAGCAGACCCCACGGGUGACGUAGGAGGUGGGGACCGCUGGUGCUGGCAUCUCCUAGCCAAAGAAGCCAGGCAGUGGCUGUCCUCUCUCUGCAUGAGAGAUGGGGCCGGAAACCCCGUGCAGCUGUGGAAUGUGCCAACAGUGCAGACGCCGGGCAGUUGCGGAGCUGGGCUCUACCCUGCUGUCUGGGUCAGAAGCCACUCCAUCCAGAGGUGACGCGCUAGAAGACCUUCUAAGGCCAUCUGGAAAUUGCUCUGAAAGAAUCCGGUCCCCCAGGCUCGCUCCACCCUGCUGGGCCCCGCCUCUCCUCCCCGGUGUCUUGGAGCCCCUGAAAACAAGGCUGCAGAGCCCUUUCCCGACUCCCACCUGGUUGGACCCCAUGAGGCCGGUGACCACCUUGAAAAGCCUCGGCCCUCAGCCGCCCUCUCUACACCCCUCAAGGACCCUCGCUGCACCCCCAGAGUGAGGCUCUUCUCCUGGCCCUUGGUCCCUUCACUCUGAGCUGUUCUCACAACCUCCCAGCUCAGCCACCAUCUGUCUGUCCCCUUCCCUCCACGCACAGACCCUCCCUGCCCCACUGCUGUGGUGUCCCCCAGCCGGCUGCCCGCCAGCCCUGUCCUGCCAUGGUCAGCUCCCCAGGGCUGUUCCUCCCCCCACCCACUGCCUGUCUUCCCACCCACCCAGGAGACAACAAAGCAUCCCACCCGGCCUUUGUGCCCAGGGACUGGCAUAGAAUUUCAAAACCAAGGAAUUUCCUGACAAAAGUGUCUUUUGCAUUCAUAACGAACCCCCUCCACCAUCCCUGAAUUUCAGCUAAGAAGGUGACUCCUAGCUGGUGCAGUGGCACACACCUGUGAUCCCAGUGACUUGGGAGGCUAAGGCAGGAGGAUCAAAAUUCAAGGCCAGCCUUAGCAGCUUAGUGAGAUCCUUUCUCAAAAUAAAAAGGUCUGGAGGUGUAACUCAGUGAUGGAGCAUCCCCAGGUUCAAUUCCCAGUACUGCAAGAAGAAAGGAGGAGAAAGAGCCUCAGAGACCCCAGGGGCACUUAGAGCAUGUGGAGGGGGGCUUCUCAAGCCAGAAAGACCUCCCGCGUGGGAGCUUUCUACACCCCCGAUCUUCAGGAAGCAGAGGGAACUAGAGAUUGAGCUCAGUUGUGCAGUCGGUGAUCUAACCAAUCUUGCCCAAACAGUGGGGUCCAAUAUAAACUUCUAGGUCAUGAGGCUUUGGAGCUUCCUGGUGGGCAAAGACUACAGUGUCUCAGGAGGGUGGCAUGCCCAACACCAAGGGGACAGAGCUCCUGAGCUCAGUGUACCCUGUCUCUCUUUAUCUGGUUGUUCACUCAUAUUCUUUAUCAUAAAGUGGUGAUUGCAAGCAAA